AGAAAGAUAAAUGUAAACCAGAUCCAUGUGUUCAAGAAAACACACAAAUUUGUGCUGGUAUUGAAGGCAUAUUGUGUUAUUGCAAGCAGGGAUUUGCUGGAGAUACGUGUGACAAAAACAUUGACGAUUGUCAUGCCAAUGCAUGCAACGGACAUGGGAGCUGUAAGGACAGGGUUAAUGGGUUUGACUGUGAAUGUUUCUCUCGUUACAAUGGGACACGGUGUGAAAAUGAUAAGUGCUCAGCACAAUCUGCUGGAAUUAAGAGUUGUCCCGCAGACGGCUGUAGCCCAAACCCCUGUCAAGGAGGGGGAGUAUGUUUGCAAGGAGGCACUUGCUCGUGUUCAUCCGGAUUUAGUGGAAACAGCUGUGAAACUAACCGAAGUGAAAAUCAUUUCUCCCUCAGUAAACGAUGGAAGCAAGAUUAUAUGUUAUACGCAGGGGGAUACCAUCUCCUCAUGUAAAACAAGAAUUUAUCUGGCUGUGGCAUCUGGUUCUAACCCAAAUAUAGAUGUUGAGACCACAAGUGAAUUGAAAAACAGCAUAAGUGUUGGACCAGUUACUAAGUCAUCGGUUCUCCCCGGAGUUUCUACCAUGUAUUCGACAGAUGUUACCAUAAACGGAACAUUGAACAGUACAAAAUUGCAGCAUUUAUGUGUUCAUGCAUCAGUUGGGACUUCAACAUCUUCAGUGUGUUAUGAACUCAGUUUUGUUCUGAACCCCGAGAGUGACUCAACCACACUGGCGUUUUUACAACGAAAUGCAACAGUAAAGUUUGUCCAACCGACUGUAAAAGACCGAAGCAGAAUAUUAUGUAAAGCUAGGGAGAAAUGUCACGUUUUAAUGUACACCUCAUUUGCGUCAAGCCGGCAUUCCUGUAGUGGGCCAUCCACUAAUUCUUCGGGCAGUUUUACAGGGUGUGAUAAGGAUGACAAAGAUAAUGAUGAAGAUGACCCCGACAGAAGCGCAAAAGCUACUGACCCUUGUUGUGAAAAUGUAGUUUCUUCGAGUGCCGAUGUGACUGUAUACCAGGCACAUCCACGCGGACCUAGUUGUGUUACGGAAACUGCAUUCAAAUUUGCAAGUGCUGGGGAGAAGGACAUAUGUUUCCAGUCAGCUUCAGCCAAAACCGACUUUCAGCAAAUAUGUUACAAAGUAGGCGUGUAUGAUUCAACAUCAGAUCCAUGUUCCAGUUCACCAUGUUUAAACAAUGGCCACUGCUUCCACGUCGAUCACAACAACUUUAAGUGUAUUUGUGCUGAUAAUUACACUGGUGAUAAGUGUGAGAAAGGUCCCUGUCAACCGGCAGAUAACAGGUGCCAUAACGGGGCUUAUUGCCAAACAAAUUAUGGAGUUGCAACCUGUAUAUGUAGAGCAGGAUAUUCUGGGCAGACUUGUAAUAUAGAUCCUUCAAGCUUACAUGAAUCAUCAGCUGAGUUCACAGAUACAGCAGAACCGUUGGUAUUCCCCUGUGUUAUACGUCAAACAUGCAGCAUUGCCUUGCUGCUUACUGGACCAUCUGGACACAUACCAAUGGUUUCUCCGGGGUAUAUUGAUUUGUCAAUAUUAUUAGAGGAGAUAAAGACAGUGGACAGAAAGCCAGUACAAAAUAGUUAUCAAACUGAUAUUAAAAUAAAACCUUUGGAGCUCGGUGUUAAAGAUAUGUGCAUUCAGACAAUGAACAUUACUGGGGUAAAUACAGACGAGCUCUGCUUUAAGGUGAACGUAAUAUUUGAUGUAAUCUCGAUAUACGGAUUUAAGGAUCGUCCACAUUUCAUAGAACCAAGUAUGCCUACCAAUACUGAGGCUGAGUGUAUGGCUGAAGGUCCCUGUCACGUGCUUUAUCACGUGACGCCUGGUAUCGAAAAUGAAAACGAAUGUGUGACAUUCAUCCCUCAUCCGCCGGAUGGUUUUGUUAACUAUCAUCUGUUUUCUUCAUGUGACAACUGUAAACCUGGAAAUUCUAGUAACGGCAACUGCACUGUCGACGUAUCAAUUGUAAACAGCAACAUAGGCACUGUACGGCAUUUCUGCUUAUCUGUUGGCUUAAAAGGGUCAUCAGUUGGGGGAGAAAGGCGAUGUUUUAACAUCAUUGUUAAAGAUCCAAGUACAGUUGGAAAGGUAGGAUGCCAGAUUCUCAGUUGCGCAAAUGGAGGCUUCUGUGAUAGUCAUGAUCCAAGCCGGCCUGUUUGCUUCUGUCCAAAGGGAUUUUCAGGAACUAAUUGCGAAAAAGCUGAAGUUCUAAGUCCAAUGACUAAUGCCCAAACUCAGACGUUUAUUGGCGAUUUAGCGCUGCCAACAAAGUUGAAAUGCGUUGUAAACAAGUCCUGCUCGAUACCGUUCCAGGUAGUUUCAAAACCAGGAAUAACGCCAACUGUUUCUCUUGGAUAUAACGACCUAUGUCUUGUUGAGGCGCCAUCGUUAAAGGCACUAGGCAAUUCCAGUACAGUGUUUGAAGGUUAUACAGUUGCUACGCCUACUACAGCUGGGAAUUUCAAAUUGUGUUUACAAGCAAAUUUGAACAGUAAAACCGAGGACGAAAUGUGCGUGAUGAUUGAAGUGACAAGGAAAGCUAUUGCAAUGACGGACCAGACAAAACCAUAUUUUCUUUCUCCAACUAUUACAACUGAUUCAACUGUUCUGUGUGUGGUGAACAAAGCUUGCCAUAUCGAUAUGCAUGUCACCGCGGGAGAUAACUUUGGAUUUGUUGGCAGAUGUCCAGCUUUAACUGAAACCAGCCGUAUUCCAGUUCAAGGCGUACAUAUCUUUUAUGGUAUACGACAAGCCGCGGAAUGUAUUACAGAUGUAUCUUAUAUUCCUCCGGCAGCCGACGGCGUGCAUGUACUAUGUCUUCAAGUAGCAUUACCAGGGAAAAAAGGUGAGGAAAGAUGCUACACAAUCAAUGUAGUAAACGACACUCAGGAAGAAGUUAUAUCACCGUGCCGCGGAGUCACGUGUGAGCAUGGUGGGAAAUGUCUGGUUGAUUUUGGAUCAACACCUCCAAGAGCAUACUGUCUGUGCACGUCUGGUUUCACAGGCAACGACUGUAAAUUAGACAUCGACGACUGCAGACCCAAUCCUUGUCAAAACGGCGCAACUUGUGUUGAUCAGGUCAACAAUUAUACGUGCACCUGUAACCGUGGUUACAUCGGCCGUGACUGUGAAAUAGAUACAGGUGAUUGUGUUCCGAAUCCUUGCAAAAACGGAGCAACUUGUGUUGAUGAAGGGAACAAUUACACUUGCAUCUGUUAUCCUGGUCAUAUAGGCCGUCAUUGUGAAGUAG